CCGAGCGGGGCCGAUCGGGACCGGGGUGACCCAAGCGGGGCCGAACGGGACCGGAGCGAACCGGAGCGGAGCGAGCGGCCCGGGCGGGCUGAGGCGCCAUGAGCGGCCCCACGCAGGAUGAGAGGCUGCGGGUGCAGCAGCUCCGCGCCCUGCGGCGCCGCUGGCUGCGGGACCAGGAGCUGAGCCCGCGGGAGCCCGUGCUGCCGCCGCAGCGGCUCGGGCCCGUGGCCGCCUUCUGGGAGCGCUUCCUGCGGCCCGGGGAGCCCUGGCGGCACCAGGUGCACAACUUCUACCAGGGCGGCCGCUUCGUGUUUCUGCGGGUGCUGCUCCCCGCCUGGGCCAUCACCUACUACGUGAAGUACCAUCUGCUGAAAUCGCCGCACAAGGUGGUUGUGGCCAACCCACGGAUAUUCCCAGGAGACAGGAUUUUAGAGACUGGAGAGAUCAUGCCACCCCUGAAAGAUGAGCACCACAGGCACCACUGAUGGCCAGGAGCUGAUUUCCUCUGUGGGGGAACAUGGCCAGAGCUGCACCUGCUGUGUCUGUUCCAUAAAAGAGUGUUCAUUGUGCAUUGUCUCAGCUCCUCUGUCAUUUACUGUCCCAUUAAUCUGUGUCAUUCCAGGUGCUCCUCCUGUGGGAGUUCAUUAUUGCUGGAUCCUGGGGAUCUCCAAGGCCCUUGCCCAGCUCUCAGUGAGACCUGGCAGAAGGACAGUGUGGGCUUGGGGUGACAAGAGAGACACUCUGGAUCUCAGGGAUUUUGGA